GCUAUCUUCAUAAUAUCGCAUGUCAGUCGCCCUUUCAGCUCCAUGGCCAAUUUUUCUGUACCAGCCGCGGUUCCGAUAAGCUCUGGGUCCAGAUCAGCUGCGCUAACUGAUCUAACAUGGACUUUGCACCGAUCGCUCUCGUCAUCGGGGGCAGCCGGAUCCAGCGUGUGUAAAAGCCGAGCGGUCAGUGGAGCGGCCGCAUAUCGGACAUGGUGGGCAGGAGACGCGCCGGAGCACGGGGGAACGGAGGCAGACAGGGGCAGCGCGGCCAGGCCGCACCGCGCAGGACCCUGAUGGAACCAGCUGCCUUUGCCUCAGAAACGAGUCAAGAGAGCCACAGCCCGUAUCAGAGAAUCAGCCUGGCACAGGCUCGCCGUGGCACCUCUGACAGGCCAGCACGGGUCUAUGCUGAUGGCAUCUUUGACCUCUUCCACUCUGGCCACGCCCGUGCCCUGAUGCAGGCCAAGAACCUGUUCCCCAACUGCUACCUGAUUGUCGGAGUGUGCAGCGACAAGCUCACGCACAAGUACAAGGGCUUCACGGUGAUGACUGAGGAGGAACGCUACGAGGCUCUCAGGCACUGCCGAUACGUGGAUGAGGUGGUGCAGGAUGCACCCUGGACCCUCACACCUGAAUUCUUGGAGAAACACAAGAUUGACUUCGUAACGCAUGAUGACAUCCCAUAUGCAUGUGCGGGAUCACAUGACGUCUACAAACACAUCAAGGAAGCCGGCAUGUUUGUGGCCACGCAGAGAACAGAGGGCAUUUCUACAUCUGACAUCAUCACCCGCAUCGUCCGGGACUAUGACGUCUACGCCAGACGCAACCUGCAGAGAGGGUACACUGCGAAGGAGCUCAACGUCAGCUACAUCAACGAGAAGAAGUACCAUUUACAGAACCAAGUGGACAAGAUGAAGAAAAAGGUGAAGACGGUGGAGGAAAAGUCCAAACACUUCGUGUAUAAGGUUGAGGAGAAGAGCCACGAUCUCAUCCUAAAGUGGGAAGAAAAAUCCCGGGAGUUCAUUGGGAAUUUUCUGCAACUGUUUGGGCCUGAUGGGGCCUGGAAGCAGAUGUUCCAGGAGCACCGUGGGCGGAUGCUUCAGGCCCUGUCCCCCUACCACUCUCCCAGUGUGUCCCCCAGCAGCAGCCCCAGCAGAACACGCUCCCAGUCGCGCUCCCCCUCGCCCGCUUCCCGACGGACCCUGUUCCCCCCUAAGGAUGCCUCUUCCAGCAGCAUGAGUGAGGAAGAUGACGAUGACAAUAACACCAUGACACCACUAUGACACCCCAGCUAUCCAGGCCUCAGGAAGCAGGUAACAGACACGAGGCUGACGGUGCAGAAGAGCAGCAAACUCAAAGCAUGCAUCCCUGACAGAAUGUGUCACAAUGUGGGAGCAUGUCCCAGUCUGUACUGUGUGAUGUGCAAAUGUGAACUUCAGGACAGCAGCCUGAGACUGAAGUCAGAGCCUUUCACAUUGUAUUUCUUUUAUGGAUAAAAAUCACUUAAUGUGUAAAUAAAGUUGUGUUAAAGGCGAUGCUGUUUAUUUUCAACAAGCAGAGAAACAUACUGGCAAGAAUAAGUUAUUAAUACACAUCAAACGAUAUCCCACAGACAUUCACAAAGUCAAACAUAAAUACCUUCACACAACACAGCCAUUUUAGUGAGGUUGCUGCUUUUAGGUGGCAGUAUCUGAGAAUCUCAUAUAUUUCUCAUCAUCUUCAGGUCUUUAGCUAAAGAAAUGACUGAAACAGAUGCUGGACAUUGUCCAGCGCAGACUAAUAAGGAAAAAAACACAAUCCGACCACUAGAGGGCAGCAUGGAAACAGCCUGGAGUAUUUGCAACGUGUUUGUUUUCCAUGUGAUUGCCCCCCUUUAUUUAGGUGUAUUUGGAAGGAAUUUCCAUUACCAUUCUUUUAUAAUUCUGUCAUUUAGGUUAAACUACGCCAUUCUCCUUUGUGCUAGUUGUGUACCAACUAAUAAUGUAAUAACUGCAAAUUGCAUUUUUUCCAUUCUAAUGAAAUAACUUACCAAUAAUGUGAUACAAUUUCUGAAUCAAAAAUGUAAUAACUUUUUAUGUAUAAUGUAAUAACUACCAUUAAUGUAUUAAAAAAGUAUUAGGUUAUUGGCAGUUAAUACAUUAUUGGUUGUUGCAGCUUGAGAGAAUAUAAAAACAUUUCAUGAUGGUGCCUCAGCAGGUGUAUCCUGCAGAUACCAGGGUAGUUGGAGACAGUCAGUUUGGGUCAUUCCUGCUAGUCACUUGGCUCUUUCUUGUCUCCGGGCUGAUAGGGUGAGUUAUGUAAUGUGUGUACGGUGUGUCAAUCGAGGGUGAUUUACGAGUUCGGGUGAUCAGAUUUUACUGGCCAUCAAUACAAAUGUGCAGGUAGAACACAGAGUACAAUCACAGUUAGAAUCACUGGAUUAGGAGGACAGGAACAUUUGCCCUGUGCUUUGGGGGAAAAGGGAGAAAC